AUGAAUUUUAAUAGUAAAAAGUUACAGGUUAAGAAUAAGAACGCUGCAGAGGUGCAGAUUACGGCAGAGCAACUUAUCAACGAAGCGUUAGAACUUGAAGAAAUUGAAAAUAAAGUAAAUUAUAAUUUUAUAGAUGAAGAAGAAUUGAAUGAAUACAAAAUAAAUAAGAGAAAAGAAUAUGAAGAUAAGAUACGUAAAAGAAGAUAUAUGAUAAGUACCUAUAUAAAGUAUGCCUUAUGGGAAUUGAAACAGAAAGAUAUUGAAAGAUGUCGUUCAAUUUUUGAAAGGGCUUUAAAUAUUGAUUAUACAAAUAAGAAUUUAUGGUUAAAAUAUAUAGAAGUUGAAUUACUUAAUAAGAAUAUAAAUAGUGCUCGAAAUUUAUUGGAAAGGGUUGUUUUAUUAUUACCUUUAGAAAAUAUAUUUUGGAAGAAAUAUGCUCAUCUUGAAGAGAUAUUAAAUAAUUAUGUAAAUGCUCGAAAUAUAUAUGAGAGAUGGAUUACAUGUAAAAUAGAUGAAAGUUCUUUUUUAUGUUAUAUAUAUUUUGAAGAACGAUGUAAUGAAAUAAACAAAUGCAGAGAGAUUUUUGAACGAUUAAUUGUAAGUAUUCCUAAAUUAGAAUGCUUUUAUAAAUUUAUAAAGUUUGAAAAAAAAUAUAAAAAUAUAACUAGAGCUAGAGCAGCAUAUGAGAAAUGUAUAGAAUUAUUACCUUCGUCUUUUUUAGAUGAGAAUUUUUAUUUACAUUUUUGUAAUUUCGAACAAGAACAAAAUGAAUAUGAACGAUGUAAAAAAAUUUAUAUUGAAGCUUUAAAAAUAUUACCAAAAAAUAAGAGUGAAUUAUUAUAUAAGAAUUUUUUGCAAUUCCAAAAGAAGUAUGCAAAUAAAGAUGAAUUAGAUGAAACCUUAUUAAUUAAGGAACGUAUUUUUUAUGAAGAUGAAUUAAAAAAAAAUGUAAAUGAUUAUGAUAUUUGGUUUAAUUAUAUUAAAUUAGAAGAAUCUAAUUUAAAUAAUAUAAAUAAAGAUAAAUCUAUAAUACGAAUUAGAGAUCUUUAUGAACGUGCUAUAAGUAUUAUACCUAUGAUAAGUUCUAAAAAAUUCUGGAAACGAUAUAUAUAUUUAUGGAUUAACUAUUCUAUUUUUGAAGAAUUAUAUGCUGAAAAUAUUCAAAGAGCACGUGAUGUUUAUAAAAAUAUUAUUAAAAUAUUAUCCACUCAUCAAUUUACUUUUAAAAAAAUAUUUAUUCUAUAUGCUACUUUUGAAUUACGUCAAUUAAAUGUCGACAAGGCAAGGUCCAUAUAUAAUUGCGCCUUACAAAAAAUGCCCAACGAAAAAAUUUUUGAGAAAUUUUGUGAAUUCGAAUUAAAACUUGGAAAUAUUCGGGAGUGUCGAAAUGUGUAUGAGAAGUAUGUGGAGUCCUUCCCCUUCAACUCGAAGGCUUGGAUUUCUAUGAUUAAUUUUGAGCUCUCCCUGGAUGAGGUUGAAAGGGCACGGCAAAUUGCAGAAAUAGCUAUAAACCUUGAUGAUAUGAAAUUGCCCGAGCUGGUAUGGAAGAAUUAUAUUGAUAUGGAAAUUAAUUUGCAGGAAUAUGACAAUGCAAGAAAGUUGUAUGACAGACUUUUAAACAUAACACAACAUUAUAAGGUUUAUAAGAGCUAUGCGGAAUUCACAUACAUUUACCUGGACGACAUAGAAAUGUGCAGGAAAAUUUUGGAAGACGGAAUUGAAUUUUGUAAAAAAAAUGAAUUAAUCAAUGAGAGAUGCAUCUUGUUAAAUUUUCUGUGUGAUAUAGAAAAGGAUUAUGGAGACAAAGAAAUUAUAGACAAGACUUUAAAACGAUUACCAAAAAAAGUCAAAAAAAGAAAAAUUAUUAAAAAUAAUGAUAAUGAUGAUGAAAUAAUUGAAGAGUAUAUAACAUAUGUUUUUCCAGAUGACGGAAAUCAAUCACAGAAUAUGAAGAUAUUAGAAAAGGCUCUGGAGUGGAAGAAAAAAAUGGAAGAUAUGAAAAAAAAAAUACAAGACGAUAAAAAGGAAGUUAAUGAUCAUAAUGAUGGUAGUGAUAGUGGUAGUGAUAAUGGUAGUGAUAAUGAAGGUAGUGAUAAUGAUGGUAGUGAUAAUGGUAGUGAUAAUGAUGGUAGUGAUAAUGGUAGUGAUAAUGGUAGUGAUAAUGGUAGUGAUAAUGGUAGUGAUAAUGGUAGUAAUAAUGGUAGUGAUAAUGAUGGUAGUGAUAAUGAUGGUAGUGAUAAUGGUAGUGAUAAUGAUGGUAGUGAUGAUGAUGGUAGUGAUAAUGGUAGUGAUAAUGAUGGUAGUGAUGAUGAUGGUAGUGAUAAUGAGGAAGGAAAAUAA